GACAGCAUUACCAUUCUGUGUCACUGAUCCGUCCAAGGGACCUCUGCACUCAGUUACCAGGACGCGAUUGAGACACGGAGAAUGGGGCUUUGGGCUUUGGCGAUUCUGACAGUUCCCAUAUAUUUCACAGUAACAAAGAGCAGUAAACCAUUCUGGGGUCUGGAAAAUGAGGCUUUAAUUGUGAGAUGCCCCGAAAGCAGUGGCUCCCUUUAUCCUGUGGAAUGGUAUUACUUAACUACAAAUGAAAGUAUUCCUACUCAAAAACGAAAUCGGAUCUUUGUCUCAAGAGAUCGUCUGAAGUUCCUACCAGCCAGAGUGGAGGACUCUGGGAUUUAUGCUUGCAUUAUCAGAAGUCCCAAGUUGAAUACGACUGGAUACAUGAAUGUCACCAUACAUAGACAGGCACCAGGCUGCAAUAUUCCUGAUUAUUUGAUGUACUCAACAGUAGCUGGAUCAGAAAAAAAUUCCAAGAUAACUUGUCCAACGAUUAGACUCUAUAACUGGACAGCACCUGUCCAGUGGUUUAAGAACUGCAGAGCUCUGCAAGGCCCAAAGUACAGGGCACAUAGAUCCUACUUGUUCAUUAACAAUGUGAGGCAAGAUGAUGAAGGAGACUACACAUGUAAAUUCACCCACACUGAGAAUGGAACCACUUACAUGGUGACUGCAACCAGAUCAUUCACAGUGGAAGAAAAAGGCUUUUCUGUGUUUCCAGUAAUUACUGCUCCUCCACACAACAAAACAAUAGAAGUGGAAAUGGGAAAAACAGUGAACAUCACCUGCUCAGCUUGCUUUGGUAAAGGCUCUCAGUUCUUGACUGAUGUCCUGUGGCAGAUUAAUAAAAGGAAUGUUGGAAAUUUUGGCGAAGAAAGAAUUCAAGAGGAGAAAGAACAAAAUCAAAGUUCCAGCAAUGACAUGGAUUGUUUAACCUCAGUGUUAAGGAUAACUGAUGUGACAGACAAGGACUUGUUCCUGAACUAUGACUGCCUGGCCCUGAGUCACCAUGGCAUCAUAAGGCACACUGUAAGACUGAGAAGAAAGCAGCCAGCUGAUCAUCAAAGCACCUACUACAUAGUUGUGGGAUGUAGUGUAUUGCUCAUGCUUGUCAAUGUCUUGGUGAUAGUCUUAAAAGUGUUCUGGAUUGAGAUUGCUCUGUUCUGGAGGGACAUAGCAACACCUUACAAAACUCAAAAUGAUGGCAAGCUCUAUGAUGCUUACGUCAUUUACCCGCGGGUCUUCAGGGGCGGCUCAGCAGGGACAAGCUCCAUGGAGUACUUUGUUCAUCACACUCUGCCUGAUGUUCUUGAAAAUAAAUGUGGCUACAAGUUAUGCAUUUAUGGGAGAGACCUGCUGCCUGGACAAGAUGCAGCCACUGUAGUGGAAAGCAGUAUCCAGAGCAGCAGAAGACAGAUGUUUGUCCUGGCCCCUCGCAUGAUGCACAGCAAAGAGUUUGCUUAUGAACAGGAGGUUGCCCUACACAGUGCCCUCAUCCAGAACAACUCCAAGGUGAUUCUUAUUGAAAUGGAGCCUCUGGGUAAAGCCAGCCGACUGCAGGCUGGGGACCUUCAAGAUUCUCUCCAGCACCUUGUGAAAAUGCAGGGGACCAUCAAGUGGAGGGAAGACCAUGUGGCCAACAAGCAGUCUCUAAGCUCCAAAUUUUGGAAGCAUGUGAGGUACCAAAUGCCAGUGCCAAACAGACUCCCCAAGUUGGCAUCUAGUGCAGCUCCUCAGAGUGACAAGACAUGCUUGGACCUGAAACACUUCUGAGUUGUGGACCUGACCAGCCAGAGUUGGGUGUGUUCCAGUAGCAGGCAGUGAAGUGGAGCUGUGGAGACUUGGGAUGUCAAGGGUCGCAGCUUCAGGUCCCAGCUAACAAACUAUGCUAGUUCAAUUUCCUAUUUGUGGAUGGGACCAUCC